GGUGCCAAGGAUAGCUUUAUCAGGCCACUGAAGGAAGACAUCUUCUUGACUUGGUAGAUCUUUGGUUCGUUCCUGCUGUGCUACAAAUAUUCAGGGGUGAAUUAAGACUGGGAAGAUACAUACUAUACUGAGGGAAAAGAGGAAGUGUUAGAAGAGUUGAUCGCAAGAUGGAUGAAGGUCAGGGAGUUAGAUAUUGGUGCCACAGCUGCGAGGAAGUGAUCGAUCCUUCGCCAGAGAUGAAAUGCCCUAGCUGUGAGGGCGGGUUUGUGGAAGAAAUGAACUCUGGAGGCUUUGAACCAGCAGCAAACAUGAGGUCUGAUCGCUCCCUAUCACUUUUGACUCCACUGUUGCUUGGGAUGUUGGGGGGCUCGUCGCGGCGAUCAAGAGGCAGGAGGGAGACUGUUGAUGAUGACAACGAUGAGGAGGAGGAUGACGACGACGACGCUUCAGACCGUGAGCUUGAAGAUUCCGAUAGGAGGCGAAGGAGGGGCUCGUCGGCACUUGUUAGGCUGCUCCAAACUAUCCGCGAUGACAUAAGGGGCUUGGAUGGCAUUGACAGCGAUACAGAGAGAGACAUGGAGAGAGAAAGAAGGGAGAGGGAGAGGGAGCGGGAGCGGCGGCGGCGGGAGAGGCGGAUGGAGAUGGAAAGGGUGGGGCAGAGGGAGGGAGGGAGAGAGAGGACAGAGAGCCUAAUACUGAUCAACUCCAACAAUGAGGCUAUUAUCCUCCAAGGAACAUUUGGACCUGAUGACAACCAAGAGGCCUCAAGCAACACAAGUUCUGGUAUGUCACUUGGGGAUUACUUUCUUGGUCCUGGCUUAGAUCUACUCUUGCAGCGUUUGGCAGAGAGUGACCUCAAUCGUUCUGGCACACCACCUGCGAAGAAGGAAGCAGUAGCUGCACUGCCAACCGUGAACAUCGAGGAAGUGUUGGCCUGUUCAGUCUGUCUUGAGGAUUUUGAGAUGGGGGCAGAAGCAAAGGAGAUGCCAUGUCAACAUAAGUUCCACUCUCAUUGCAUCCUUCCAUGGCUGGAGUUCCACAGUUCUUGCCCAAUCUGUCGAUUUCAGUUGCCUACUGAGGAGACGAAGAACCCAUGUGAAUCAGCAAGCAGUGAUCAGGCCGUAAACAGUGAUGGAGACAAUGCUGCUGCAGGCAGUAGUGAUACAGAAAGUACUAACCGUAAUGGAGGCAACCAUUCUGGUAGUCCGAUCUUCUCUUCUUUGAGUGCACUCUUCUCGGAUCCAUCCUCAUCAUCUGAUGAUGAAGCCCCAAACUCUUAUGAGAGUUGAAGUAGGUACAUCUACAUUGCAGACAGCGUUGGAUGCAGGCUUGGGAUAUGGUGAAGGUGUUCUGAAAUAUGGUUCCUGAGAGGCUGGCAUCUUUAUCUUAUGGUUUCUGUACAUAUAUCUUUGAAUUGCCCCCCUGGAAGACAAACUAUUCUCUUCGCUUUUCUGAAAACCAUGUCGCUUGUAACCUUUUAGUGCCUGGUAUGGUAUGUUUACUUAUGCAAAAUAAAAGUUAGCAUCUAGCAUGUUUACCAUCUCUUGAAGAGCAGCAUGCAUAGUUGGAUCGCCAAUUUGGUUGACAGUAGUGUGACCAAUGUAAGGCUAAUCUCCUCCACUAGUUGUUUGGCAUCUGUAAAAGGUGACAUUAUGCCUUAUGUUUUUACUGUGAGAACCCCUUGGAACACAGCUGGAUAUAAUUUCUAUGAAGGGAAAGACCUUUUACUGAUCUUCA